UGUCAUGCAACGUUUUACAAGGGACUUUAGAUGGGUCUUUGGGAGCACCCAGCAGCAGUCAGGACAGUGGCAGCGAGACAGGCUCUGGUUCAAAUCCAGGAUCUGACUAUGCAGGACCGAAGCUGUUUGUGAAGCCUAGUGCCAAGUCUAACCGUCACAUCAUUGUCAACGCCAUCUCUCAUUGUUGCCUGGCUGGAUCUGUCAAUACUGAUUUGAAAAACAGAGUUCUAGAAGAGUUAGCCAAGUGCGACGCCAACCACUUCCUGGUCCUCUUCCGAGACGCAGGUUGCCAGUACCGAGGGUUGUAUGUUUUCUACCCAGAAACAGAGGAGGCUUUCAAACUUCAUGGUGUUGGUCCCAAACAUAUCACCAAUGAGCUGUGUGAAAAAUUUUACAAGUACAACUCAGGUGCUAAAAGCUUCUCAGAGAUCACUUCGACCAAACAUCUUUCUGUGUCUGUUGAUGCUGUUGUGCUCCACGGUUCCAUCUGGAAGUCAGGAAAGGCAGUUGUCAGGCGUUAG